AUGGAUCAAUGCUACUUUCAGUUUCAGGGAGAUGCCCGAGAAAACCUCGUAAGGCAUCAAACCAUCGGGAUUUGUUCGGAUUCAGCAUUCUUGGCGCCAGUUAUGAGUCAUCUCUAUAGUAGGGACUACGUUUUAUCUACCAUAAGGUUUGGACCGGAAGUAAAACUCGUGUGGUAUCGUGAACAUCCCUCGGUGUGGUUGUGGAAAUUUCGGUGGCUUCUGGAGAGACUGUAUGUAGAGGGAGAUCGUGUGUGGUGGGAGGAUGUUCGCUAUGUAUCCAUAUGCCUAGCAUACGGUAGCGUGGAUGAGGUCAGAACCCAUAGGGCUGUUUUAGAGAAUACGUUAGCGGCCGACGCGAUCAGCUGCGGAAAGUCCACACCUACAUCUAGCGGCCCUGUCCAGCAUAACGUCCAGGCUGAAAGUUGUAUUCAUCAUCCCAGUGCUCCUUUGCAGCUAGGCCAGCUUUCCAUAGCUCCAGGUGUUUGCGAAAGCGCGAUUUGA